UCUGCUCUAUCGAGCGCGCUUCUCGCAGCAGCUGUGGCGUGGUGUCUGUUAAUUUGCCGAUAAUGGACCAGGCGAGCUAGUGUUAUUUAGCGCAUUUAUCAAUUACUGUAUCCGAAAUAGAAAAAAACUACCUGCGCUAUGGCCAAUGGUUAGACGAGGUGGUGGAUCGGAUUGAACUGAUUUAUUUUUUUUGGCCUCAGUUGUGUGAUUGCCGUUGGGCGGAGCGCCGCGGCAACGGAGCCGGUCUGGCUGGAUUUAACGGAUUAUUAGCCUCCUUUGUUUUUUAAUCAUGCAGCUAAGGUUUUGCUUACGUCUCCUUCCGUCAUGCUGUAUAUUUCUUAUCCUGCACAGCGCCGCAGUAUUAUGUAGUAUUCGCCUAAAGAAAACAGAUGAGCCAAGUGCUUUUUAUUUGGACCCGGUGGGCAUCGAGAGUGGACCGUGGAGUGAGUGGGGCACACGCAGUCAGUGCUCCAAACUGUGUGAUGGUGGAAUAGCGUAUGAACAGCGCACCUGCCGGAAUAAGAAGGGUGCGGCGAAUAACGAGUGUGUCGGGCCGCGCAAGCGGUAUUUCAUGUGCAAUACGGAAGCCUGCCCGGAAAAUACCCCGGACUUCCGUACGGAGCAGUGCUCGAAAUUCGACGACACCCCGUAUCAAGGCCAGAAGUACAAAUGGAUUCCUUACAAGAAAGGUAGCAACAAAUGCGAGCUGUUAUGCCGGCCUGAGAACGGAAGCUUCUACGUGAGCUUUGCUCCGCAAGUCAUCGACGGCACCGCCUGCCAUGACGACAACACGGCCGUCUGUGUGCGCGGGAAAUGUGUCUCUGUUGGCUGUGAUAAGCGUCUGGGAUCCCUGUUGCAAGAGGACAAAUGUCGUAUGUGCGGCGGCGAUGCAUCCUCCUGCAAGUUCGUGGAGGGCCUGUACGACGACAGCGACGUACCCGAAUCCUCGUACGCGGAAUUCCUGAUCAUCCCCAGCGGGUCGACCAACAUCCAGAUCCGCGAGCGCCGUCCCUCGGAGAACUACCUGGCCAUGCGCAACGUCAGCGGCGAGUACAUCUUCAACGGGGACUUCAAGGUGGAGAGCGGCAAACGCCAGAUGCGCAUCGCGGGUACCCUCUUCACCUAUUACCGCGAGAGCCCCAUGUACCCCCCGGCCGAACUGCUCACGGCGCGCGGACCCACCACCGAGCCGGUGGCCAUUGCGAUGUUGCAUCAGGAAGCCAACCCGGGUGUUUUAUACGAAUUCUACGCGCCCAAUAGCGCCAAGGACGUGCGCCCGCUGAGCUUCGCUUGGUUGGCGCGCUCCUACGGACCCUGUAGCUCCAGUUGCGGCGGCGGACGACAGAGUCGGCCGGUGGUGUGCGUCCGCACCAGCGACUACGAACCGGUGGACGAUGAAUUAUGCGAUGCGCUAGUCAAGCCUCAGGCCAGUCGGCAGUGCAAUGUCGAUCCCUGUCCCGCAUUUUGGAAGGUGGGCGAGUGGGAGGCGUGCAGCGCUUCGUGCGGCGGCGGCACGCAGUACCGCAGCGUCGUCUGCGUGCAGGUCGUCGGCGACUACACCACCGUGGUGCCCGAUGCCCAGUGCAAGAAGGCUGGCCAUUCCAAACCGGAAGUGGCCAGGAAUUGCAACCAGUUCAAGUGUCCCGACUGGAUGGUCGGCGAGUGGUCACCGUGCUCGGCCAUCUGCGGACCGGGCUUCCAGAUCCGCACCGUCGAGUGCAAAUCCCGCAAUCCCAAAGAUAAGACCGAGCAUCUCUCCGAUGCGGCCUGCAACGUUCUGAAGAAACCAACCAAAACCCAGGAGUGCUUGUUGGCGCCGUGCGAAGGCCUGGAAUGGGCCGUUUCCGACUGGACCGGGUGUAAUACAUGCGGUCAGCGCAGCCGGACCCGUCGUGCCGUGUGCACCUCCGAGAACGGCACCGUCUACCCGUCGUCCAUGUGCGCGUCGGCCAAGAAACCGGAACUGUCGGAUGCCUGCGCCAAUGCGCCGCCCUGCGAUGCCAUGUGGUUCUCCACCGAAUGGAGCAAAUGUUCGGCGAGUUGCGGUGAAGGUGUGCAGACGCGCGAAGUCUUCUGCGGGACUGUCGACAACCGUAACGCCUCGCAGGUGGUCCGCGUGGCGACGGAUCUGUGCGAUGCCGGGAAGAAGCUGGAGGAGAAGCAGAACUGCAAGGAGAACUUCACCUGCGACGGCCAGUGGUUCAGCGGGCCCUGGAUGCCGUGUACGCAAAAAUGCGGCGGCGGAUCGAAGCGGAGGUACAUUAUCUGCCUGAAGAACGACAGCGUGGUGGACUCGUCCAGCUGCGAUAAAGAAGAGAAGCCGACAGACUCCGAGGAUUGCAACACGGAGCCCUGUGAUAAAGAGGGAUUCCUCGGUUCGACGACCGGCGCGGGGGCGGCCCAGAAGGACGCCGGGGUGGCAUGUGCGGAGACAGAGUUCGGGUGUUGUCCGGACAAUUCCACCGUGGCCGAGGGUCCCUACGGGGCCGGCUGCAACGCCACGGCGGACGGCGCGGACUCCACCGGAAGUAAGCCGCGACAACGCCGCUUGAAAUCCGUCCCCAUGUUCCCCAUGGACAACAACGGGACGCUGGACCUCAACGGGACGGACACGAACGGCACCGAUACCACCGAUAGCUUGGACCUCGACGAAACCGACAUGGUGACGACGGAGAGUACCCCGGCGGACAACGACACCCUGACGCUGGGCGAAGACCUGGCCAUGGCGCCCACCGGCCGCAAAACCAAACUCCGUUCCCAACCGAUGCUGCGCACCAACGACACCGCCGACGGGGCCGGCGCGGACGGAUUGAACGCCACAGACACCGACUGCGCCACCUCCCAGUUCGGCUGUUGUUCGGACAACACCACAGCGGCCAGUGGAGCGAACCAGGAGGGCUGCGAGGACGCCGUGGAGGGCUCGGCGGCUGAAUGUGAGGGAUCCGAGUUUGGGUGUUGUCCGGAUGGGAAAGUGCCAGCCCGCGGCCCGGACCAUGCCGGAUGCAAGCAGAAGAGCGAACCGGCCGUUGUGCAGGGAGAGUGUGCGCAGACGGAGUUCGGGUGUUGCGCGGACGGGCAGACGAUGGCGCUGGGCGCGGAACGCGAAGGCUGUCCAGAGAGUGACUGCGCCAACAGCUAUCACGGCUGCUGUCCCGACGGGGUGACCUUCGCGCAGGGUCCCGGUUAUGAGGAGUGCCCGCACACCAAACAGCCCAAACAGAACUGUGAAAUCUACUCGGAACAAGGCUCGUGCCGCAAUUACAGCAUCAAAUGGCAUUAUGACUUCGAAUAUGGUGACUGUACGCGCUUCUGGUACGGCGGAUGCGAAGGCAACGACAACCGCUUCGAUUCGGAGCCGGAAUGCCAGGCGGAGUGCAUCCGUCCCGCCGGGGCGGCGGUGUGCAACCUGCCGAAGGUGCACGGGCCCUGCGACCAGAAUCUGCGGAUGUGGUACUACGACAAGUACGUCCGCGAAUGCCUGCCCUUCCACUACGGUGGCUGUCUGGGCAACGAGAACCGCUUCGAGAGCCGCGAGGACUGCAACGAACGCUGCGUCGAGACGGCCAUUCCCGAUGUGUGCCAGCAGCCGAUGCGGCAAGGCAAAGGCCCCGGACAGAUUGUGCGAUGGUACUUCGAUAAGGCCAGCGGUCGAUGCAAUCAGUUCUUCUACAGCGGAAGUGGCGGUAAUGGCAACAGAUUCGUUUCGGACGACCAGUGUCUUAAAAAGUGUGGUGCCGGCGAAACCCCGCGACCAGCGGACAUCUGCACGUUGGAGAAGGCGGAGGGCGACUGCAAGGAGUACUACCCCCGCUACUACUUCGACCGCAACUCGCAGCGCUGCGAACAGUUCAUCUACACGGGCUGCCAGGGCAACGAGAACCGCUUCGAGCGGCUGGAGGAGUGCCAGCAGGUCUGUCUGCGCUACCUGCCCUCCCCGCCCGAGGGCGAGUACCCCACCGAGGCCCCGCCCACCGUCAAUCCCGCCGUCCAGCACUGCUUCCUGCCCAGCGACCGCGGCACGUGCGAGCGCAGUCUGCCGCGCUGGCACUACGACAGCACCGACGGCGUCUGCAAGCGCUUCUUGUUCUCCGGAUGCGGCGGCAAUAACAACAACUUCGAGACGCAACUGCACUGCCUCAACGACUGCGGCAACGCUCAAGAUAAAUGCGAGCUGCCGAAGGUGGUGGGUCCGUGUCGCGGGCUGCUGAACGUGUAUUACUUCGACAAGUACGAGCGCGCCUGUCUGCCCUUCCAGUACGGCGGCUGCCAGGGCAACGCCAACCGCUUCCCGUCGGCGGAAGAGUGCCAGCAGAGUUGUGCCCACGUCAUUUCUCCGCCCACUCCGCCACCCGUCGACGAGAACGUCCACACUAUUCCGCCGGAAUAUCCCGCGCAGACAUACCCCACGGCGCCCGGCCAGAAUCCCUAUCUCGCCAUCUGCAGUAUGCCGGUGGAUGCGGGAGCGUGCGAUGAGCGGCAGGCGCGUUAUUACUACGAUAUUUCUCAAGGCAAAUGCUUGUCGUUUACUUACACGGGAUGCGGCGGUAACCAGAAUCAUUUCCACACACUGGAACAGUGCGAAGGCUUCUGUGCACAAUUCGGUGUGGGAUGUCCGGCGCGGACGUGCGACAUCCAGUGCCCGUACGGCUACGAGAACGACCCCAGCUCCUGCCCCACUUGUCGCUGCGUGGAGCCCUGUCGCGACAUGCAGUGCCCAGCGUAUGCCGCCUGCACUGUCCAGACCCUGCCUAAUGGGGAAUUCGUCGGCACCUGCACAUCACGAUUGGAGAAAGCCGGCACCUGUCCGUCCCUGGAGGAUAUCCCGCCAGGUUCGUGCGAUCGGGCAUGCGGAACGGAUAACGAGUGUCAUGGACAACAGAAGUGCUGUAAUAACGGCUGUGGUACGACAUGCAUGACGCCUGUCGAACUCGGAGAACAACCACCCGUCUAUCCCUAUCCAGAACCCACUCCGCCGCCUUACGAGCCGGAACCCCCCGUGGAGGGUGGACCGUAUCCAGCUUUCAUUUCCGCGGGUCCGCAUGAGCUGCGCGCCGAACCCGGUCAACCGUUGGACCUGCCUUGUCACGCGCGCGGCAAUCCCGAGCCGCAGGUCACGUGGCAGCACAACAACGCCACUUUGCGGCUGGACGAUCAUCACUUCCAGCAGCGCGGCUCCGAUCUGCAUAUUGAGGAGGUGCGACUGGACGACUCCGGCGACUACAUCUGCUUCGCCAACAACGGCCUCGGACCCAGCGCGCAGCAUCUUAUACGCUUGCAUGUCGAAUCUGUGCUGAAGAUCGACGGGUCGGACACGAUGGUCAGCACCCGCGUCGGCGAUCGCGCCAUCCUCAAAUGCUCCGCCCACGGCGUCCCGCAGCCCCGCAUCAGCUGGAGCAAAGGUGGAGAACCGGUGGGACGGGAUUCGCCUAAAUUCCGUCAGAUGGGCGACGAUUCGUUGGUGAUCGAGAACGUCCAGUACGACGACCAGAGCGUGUACAUCUGCACGGCCGACAACGGGGUGCACGCGCCGGCCAUCAAGAACGUCGUCCUCAGGGUGCACGAGGAGAUCAAAGCGCAGAUCAUCGCCUCGUCGUCUAACUUCGCCUCCGGCUCGCAGCUGCGACUGGAGUGCCGGGCUAGCGGCUAUCCGCAGCCGCGCGUCCGGUGGUACCUGAACGCGCACGAGAUCAUCUCCGACGGCGACCGCUCGCAGGUCUUCACCAACGGGACGCUCCUCAUUAAACGCGCCCGUGCCUCAGACGCCGGCGUGUACCAGUGCCAGGCCAGCAACGAGCAGAGCAGCAGCUCAGAUUCCCUCCGCGUCUUCAUAACAGGCGCUCCGCUGACGCAGGAGUGCACGGACAACGAGUACUACGCCAACUGCAAACUGAUCGUGGUGGCGGAGUUGUGCAACAACGAGUAUUACGCCAAAUUCUGCUGCAAAUCCUGCACGGAAUCCGGCCAGAUCCGACCCAACGGCUACCGGCGCAGACGGAAGCGUUCGCUGCGACCGGCGCAUUUCCUCUGAAGAACAACUUAAAGAAAUGGUUGCCAGCAUGUUUAGCGACAGACGGUGUUCUUGACUAUUUAUUGACCAUCCCCCGCAUGGCAUUUACGUGGAGACUUCCGCAUUGAUCGAUGUUUUUUGUUUCUUUUCUCCACAACAUUUUCCCGCAUUUCUCCCUGCAUUUGUAUUUGCUUUUUAUCGUUCUGCUUGGUGUGCUGCGUUUGUAGGUUUUUAUCCGAGUGUUUUAUCGAUAAAUAAAUCAAUGAAAUAACCAAUGAAUCAAUGAAUCAAGAGGAUCGAGUCACAAACCGGCGAGAUAAGAAGCCAUGAGUUUUUAAUUUUAAGGCAGAAU